UAGAUAUAAGUACCUCGGGUGUUCAGGUCUUCGUCUCAGUCGAAUAGAUCCGUCAGACUCGCAGGGUAUUGCAAACGCCACACAUUAUAAUGGCUGAGUCUCAGUCUAAUGCUGAUAUCAUGAACGAAAUCAGGACGAAAUUUGUGGGGAACUGGAAAAUGGUGGAAACCGUUAACUUCGAUGCUUUCCUCAAAGCAAUGGAUGCUCCAUUCCUUGGACGUAAAAUGGCGGGCACCCUGAAACCAGACUGUGAAAUCAGCAUAAUUGACGACCAGGUCCGCAUCUACAUGUCCACGGCGGUCAAGUCACAAGAAUUCCUCUUCAGAUUCGGAGAAACGUUUGACGCGGAUAUCAUGAAGAAUAAGAAUAAGUGUCAUCCCACGUUUGUUGACGGGAAGAUAGUCUUCGAUAUGGACCCCGCGGACUCGAAGAAGAAGAAGCACAAAAUGACUCGUGAGGUCAAGGACGGUAAACUUGUCCUUACAUUUGAGGUUGGGGACGUCGUAGCAACAAGAACAUUUGAGCGUGCUUAGAGCCGCCAUUGCUUCACGUGGCAAGUGACAACGCUGUGAUCACGAAUAUAGAUGAAUUAGGCGCACUCAAAAAAACUCGGGAGAUACAUGGCAUUUCCCACAUACAUGUGAAAUAUAUUGAAUAUUGAAACAAACAGUGCAUUGUUUUUGUGUGCACAACAGUAUAUAAAGUUUAUACAGACAAA